AUGCAACAGCUGCUACUUCGAGAUGACAACCUGGAUUUACGCAAGACAAUCAAAAUAUGUCAAUCCUAUGAGCAGGCCAAUAACCAGGCACAGGAAAUGAAGACUAACUUGCAUUCGAACAACCACGUGCACACAAAGGUUAACAGAGUGAAAUCAGACCAAGAAAAACAAAACGAGGCACAGGCUCAAAAGAAGUUUGUAAAAAAGGAUAAUCAAAAUGUGAAAUCAUUAAGAAAUGCUGAUAAAAAAGAGAGGAUCACUGCUCGAAUGCAGGUGAAUGACUGUGAUGUGCGUUUUCAACUAGACAGUGCUGCAGAUGCAAACACCAUAUGCAAACGGUAUGUUCGGCGUGAACAGGUACGUGUAUGCACGACAAAGAUUCGCAUGUUUAAUGACAGUACUCUAUGCCCUGAAGGUGAAGCAACGCUUAACGUACUGAAUCCUAAGAGUGGAGAACAGCAUAAUGUAAGCUGUAUUGUGGUCCCUAACAAGCUACAGUGCCUCCUAGGACUUCAAACAAUUAGAAAGCUUGGAUUUGUGACUGUGAAUCAAGAAAAGUUCAUUUGGAAGAUUGAAACUACAAGUCAACCAGGAGAUUUGGGUGAAGUUACUCCAACUUUUAACCCCGAGGUCAAACCCAGAUUCCUGCCCUGUAGGAAAAUACCCAUCGCUCUUAAGGAUCGUGUAAAAUUUGAUUUUGACAACCUUGUUGAGAGAGGUAUUCUGAUACCAGUGACAAAACCCACAGCCAGGGUCAGCCAGAUGGCUGUAGUACACAAACCUAAUGGCAAAUUACGAAUAUGUCUAGACCCUCAAGGUUUCAACUCUGCCAUGCUGCGAGAAGGUUGUGCCUUCCCAACACUGGAUGAUGUAUUACCUAAGCUACAAAAUGCACGUGUAUUCAGCAAAUUGGAUGUUAAAGAGGCAUUCUGGCAUGUCCGUUUAGACGAACUGUCUAGUGAACUAACCACUAUGAUCACACCUUUUGGUCGCUAUCGAUGGGCACGCCUACCAUUUUGA